AAUUGCGUGUAAGUUAAGAUCUGUGAUGCCUCCUCAGGAUGAGGGCAAGAAGAUCAUCCAGACUGGUGAAUGGUUUCAUCUGCUCCUUCACCUUUUGUUCGUAACAUCUUGUAAUAACUGCCAUGUAGCCUGAUGAGAAACUAAAGCUCACCUUGAUUCAUUUGCAUUUGAAGGUGCCUAUUUUUCCCAAACAAAAGGACCCAUCACUGAGCGGGAAGUAUGGAGAAUGUUAUAGACAUCAGUGGUGAGAUAAUGCUGGAUCUUGACCAGCAAAACCAUUGUUGUGUUGGUAAAAUGCAAACAAAAAUCUAUAUGAUGUAAACUUUAUUCUCAGCUAAUCCCUUUAACAAAUGACAGAUUCUGAUGUUGGUUCCUGGAAAGCCUCCAUUGUUGGAGGACGAGAAGCCGUAUCCAAUUGAAGCAGCAUAGGCUUCUGCGAUGACUGUGGAAACCACUGCUUAUGCCUUGCUUCAAGCAUUGUCAAGGAAUGAUAUUGACUAUGCAACACGGAUUGCGAGGUGGCCAACGAUGCAACAGAACUAUGGUGGUGGAUUUCACUCGACGCAGACAACAUCAGGUGAAGAUGUGCGUGAUUUCAGCAAGGUGCUGAAAAAUAAGUUCAGAUCAAAGAAACACUUUGCCAAACAUCCUGGCGUGAGUUAUUUACUAGUACAAACAGUUCCAGAAGGCGAGAACCUUGAGAG